UGGACCGGCUGUGUACACACCCGAACAAACGUUCCUGUCUCUUCCGGUUUGAGAGCAAGCUGAAUUUUUGUGUGGCCACUCUGGGCAAUGGAUACAACCUUUAGCGCUGUGAAAAUAUUAAGCUAAUAAAGCCUCACGUCUGGUUUAAAAAAAUUGUGAGCGGCUUGGGUUCGAGAGGUGUGUUGACCGGUGAAUGCAUAGAGUCAAGAAGGUCAAGCUUUGUGAGAAUAAAGAGGGUAUCUGGAAAAGUUGUGUGACAGUCAGCAUGACGGCUGUGGACGGCCUCUCAGACAGCACAGAGGUGGUGGAGAUGGAAGACGUUCCCUCACAGUUCUUUGUGGAGAAACACUCCUGGGAAGGACUUCGUGACAUCAUCCACUGUAGCAGGAAGUAUUCAGGCAUGAUCGCCAACAAGGCACCCCAUGACUUCCAGUUUGUGCAGAAGAAGGAUGAAAAUGCUCCCCAUUCCCACCGGUUAUACUACCUCGGAAUGCCUUACGGAAGCAGAGAGAACUCUUUGCUCUACUCAGAAAUCCCCAAGAAGAUUCGUAAAGAGUCUCUCUUAGUCUUGUCUUGGAAACAAAUGCUCGAUCACUUCCAGGCAACACCACACCAAGGGGCCUACUCCCGAGAGGAGGAACUACUGAGGGAGCGAAAACGUCUUGGAGCGUUUGGUAUCACCUCUUAUGACUACCACGCACAGACCGGUCUGUUCCUCUUCCAGGCCAGCAAUAGCCUGUUUUACUGCCGGGACGGUGGCAACAAUGGCUUCAUUCAGUCUGCUCCUGUAAAGCCCGUUGAGAUUAAGACCCAGUGCUCAGGGACCCGGAUGGACCCAAAGAUCUGCCCGGGCAACCCUGACUUCAUAGCCUUCAUCAACAAUAAUGACCUGUGGGUAGCCAACAUUAAGACUGGAGAGGAAAAGAGACUCACCUAUUGUCACAAAGGUGUGGAUAAUGUCAAAGAAGACCCCAAGUCUGCAGGUGUUGCAACAUUCGUCAUCCAAGAAGAGUUUGACCGUUUCACUGGCUACUGGUGGAAUCCCUCAGCUGUAGAAGACUCGAGUGGAGGAAAAACAGUGUAUUUGCUGUAUGAGGAGGUAGAUGAGACCGAAGUAGAGAUUAUUCAUGUUCCAUCUCCAGCACUGGAAGAGCGCAAAGCCGAUGCAUACAGAUACCCUCGCACAGGAAGCAAAAAUCCACAAGCAACACUAAAAUUAGCAGAGAUCAAGACAGACUAUCAAGGCAGAAUCACGAGCAUGCACGAUAAAGAGCUGGCGGUCCCCUUCACCUCCCUGUUUCCAGGGACAGAAUACAUCGCUAGGGUAGGAUGGACAAGUGACGGCAAAUAUGGCUGGGCAGUGCUGCUGGACCGCAGUCAGAGAAAACUGCAGCUGGUCCUGCUACCUCCAGCUCUCUUCAUCCCAGUCACAGAUGACCCAGCUCAGAGGCAGACCAGUCUGGAGGGAGUCCCCAGUAACACACAACCAUAUGUCAUCUAUGAAGAGACCACAGACGUCUGGAUUAAUGUCCAUGAUAUAUUUUAUCCGUUUAUUCAGACGACAGAAGAUGAGUUUAGUUUCAUUUGGAUAAAUGAGUCCAAAAUGGGUUUCAGUCAUCUGUACAAAAUCACAUCUCUGUUACAACCUAGCUGCUACCAAUGGGCAGAUGAAUACCAGCACAUAGAAGGACAAUUUAAAUGUGCAGUCAAGGAGGAGUUUGCAUUAACCAGUGGAGAAUGGGAAGUGCUUGCAAGACAUGGUUCAAAGAUCUGGGUGAAUGAGGUUACCAAGUUGGUGUAUUUCCAAGGCACCAAAGACACUCCUCUGGAGCAUCACCUCUAUGUAGUCAGCUAUGAGUCACCCGGAGAUGUGGUCAGAUUAACUAAACCUGGCUUCUCUCAUAGCUGCUCUGUUAGUCAAAACUUUGACUUUUUUGUCAGCCACUAUAGUAAUGUGAGUACACCUCCUUGUGUUCACGUCUACAAACUCCCCAAUUCAGAAGGAGACCCCCUUCACGCAGCGCCAGAGUUCUGGGCUAGCAUGAUGGAGUCACCAGGUUGCCCAGGGGAUUACAACCCACCUGAGAUUUUCGACUUUCCUGGCAAGUCUGGCUUCCAGCUUUACGGGAUGGUUUACAAGCCUCACAACCUGCAGCCCGGCAGGAAGCAUCCAACUGUUCUGUUUGUGUACGGAGGCCCACAGGUGCAGUUGGUGAAUAACUCCUUCAAGGGGAUGAAGUAUCUCCGCUUGAACACUCUGGCCUCUUUGGGUUAUGUUGUAGUUGUCAUUGAUGGGCGAGGGUCCUGUCAGAGGGGCCUUGAAUUUGAAGGCGCACUUAAAAACAAAAUGGGUCAGGUGGAGAUUGAAGACCAGGUGGAGGGCCUCCAGUAUGUAGCAGAGAAGUUUAACUUUGUUGACUUAAGCCGUGUAGCCAUCCACGGCUGGUCCUACGGUGGCUUCCUCUCUCUUAUGGGCCUCAUCCAGCGACCAAAUGUCUUUAAGUUGGCCAUCGCAGGUGCCCCCGUGACUGUGUGGAUGGCGUACGACACAGGCUACACCGAGCGCUACAUGGACGUGCCUGAAAACAACCAGCAGGGCUACGAGGAAGGCUCUGUGGCUCUGCACGUGGACAAGCUGCCCAGCGAGCCCAACCGUUUGCUGAUUCUACAUGGAUUUCUAGACGAAAAUGUGCACUUUUUCCACACCAAUUUCUUGGUGUCACAGAUAAUCCGUGCUGGGAAGCCCUAUCAACUUCAGGUGUACCCCAACGAGCGACACAGUAUUCGCUGCCCCGAGUCUGGAGAACACUACGAGAUAAUGCUGCUGCACUUUCUACAACAAUACCUCUGAAAUGAUCCUACGUCGUCCCUCCAGCUCAGCGCCCGCCUCUACCGCCCCCCACCUCCUCCCGAUCAGACACCAUCGCUUCUGUUUGUUCACUCUCUUCUUCUUUGUGGGCAGUCUGGAGUGUUGUUUACCAACACGGCCAUUUCUUACAGAGACAUACGGAAUGAUGUGUGCAGACUGUUACGUCCACUCUCAUCUUCUCGCCGCCGUACCCAAUCUUCCAACCCUCCCGCCACAUCCUUUAAAUUCACUUAUUUUACCCACUUGUGUCAGUAGUAGGAACAAGGUUACAGUUCACGGAUAUGAAAAUGGAAACCUACAUUCACAUUUGCACACAUUCUACAUAAUAUAUGCGUCAUAGACAGUUUAUUGCAGACAUGAACCGAAACAUGCAAAUCUCCAUACAUGUGUGAGUCUGAACCUUUCAGUGUAUGUAACUAUGAAGAAAUGGAAGAAAGGCUCUUUCUGUGUCCACCUGUUUUAAGUGUGUUUAAAAUAAAAUAUUUUUAUGGAUUUUUAUUAUAAUUUUUAAUGAAUGCUGACAGAGGCCACCCAUUGCUCUUGUGGCCCGGUUCUGUCCCCUUACAUCGCAUUACUCAAGAUAUCAGCUUGCCUUCUAAACACAUAAUUUAUAUUUGCCAAAGUACCUCUUGACUAUUGAUCAUACCGGUAUUUGCUUCUUUUUUUUGUUUUUUUACUGCAAUACAGCCGACAGAAGGUUGAUCACUGGAGGCUUACAACAGCUUUGUACCACCAGAAUACAAUUUGUACAUGAUGAUGAAUAAAU